AUGAUCUACGAUGGUUUACGUCCAAUUGUUCCAACAAAUGCACCAAAAUUAAUUAAGGAUCUAAUAACUAAAUGUUGGAAUGACCAACCGGACAAAAGGCCAACAUCUAAAGAGAUAUUUGACAUUAUAAAUACGUGGAACAGUAAUACUUUAAGCGAUAUAUCAACAAAAAUAGUUAAACAAAUAAGUUCAGAUGAAUCAAAUGAAAAUAUUUUGGAAUCAAAUCAAUCGAUUCCAGCUCACUUCAAGAUACACUCUAAAGCUAUUUAUACCAGCAGAAAAUUUGCUCCCCUAUCAUGUACAAAUGACAUUAACUCUGACAGAUCUAAUCAUAUAGGUAUUAAUAUCUUGUAA